AGAACGUUACAGUGUAACCAGCACAUGAGGGGACCCCAGAGCCCAAACUGAGCCCCCCGUCUGGGUGCCAGGGCCAGUGGGCAACAUGGCGGGUAUUGGCAAGGUGAUCUUCCGCAUCAUGAUCGCCAUCAUCGUUAUCCUGGUGCUGCUAAUCGCUCUCAUUAUUGGCAUUGGCAUCGCAGGGAGCAAGAUAACCAUCGCGGUGACGGGGGUGUACACGGUGGGGCGCAUAAGCGACGACGUGAUUCUCGGCUGCACGUUCAUCCCAGAUACAACUCAGGCCAACAACAUCCAGUGGGAGAAGGUGGGCACCAGCGGGGUGGUGUAUAAGUACGAGAAUGGAAAGAGCUUGUUGAACGAUCAGAACGCGGCCUUCAAGGGGCGAGCCUCACUCUUCCUCGGGGAAAUCAUUAACGGCAACGCCUCCCUGAAGCUCACCCAGGUCAAACUGUCCGACGCCGGCACCUACAGGUGCAUCAUCACCAACUCCAAAGGCACCGGAGACGACACAUUGACGUUCAAGGUUGGAGGUUACACUUCUGUGAGUGUGAGCAGCCCCUCCAAUGACACCCUCCGUUGUUCGUCUUCAUACUGGUACCCCAAACCCAAUGUCACUUGGGUGAGGGACUCAGGAGCCAACAUCACCAACGUCACCAUCAAAACCAGCUUCCCGCCGGCGCUCAAUAACCUCACCGAUGUGACUACAGAACUCAGCGGGGCCCAACUGGACGUGCAGUACUCCUGCCUGAUACACACGGACCUGGCGCAGGCAGUGGGGGUCUCAAUGCUUACAGAGUUUGGGCUCCAAACCACAUCCGAACUGACUGUAUUUAACUGUACGGAUCCUCUCGCUGCGACUUACCUCUCGGUCUGGGCCCUCCUCCUCUGUCUCCUUCUGGGCUCUACCCAUCACUAGGUGCCCAAUGGAAACAUCUCACUGCCCGGUGUGUCCAGGUUCUAAUAACAGGCCUUGUAUAAUAGGGUCUCCACCUGGGCCCAAACCCAUCACCCACUGUGGGGUCUCAUCCCCAGGUCUGCGGCUGCUACAGAGAAUUUAUUAUCUUCUGGUCAUGGAAUCUCCAGGGGCCCCGGGGCCAGACACUCAGAGGAUCAGGCUGGAGGGAGGAUUUCACAUCGGACCAUAUGGGCCAUGGAGGGGCUCAAUGUGGGUUUGUCGGAACCAUUUUACCGGUUCAAGGAUGGCGGCCUUGGGAAAUCUGAGAUGUGGUUAUUGUGAUAUCAGGUUCUGCUGAAGCCCAGUCUGACCCAGAUGGAUAUAAGAGGAUGGAGGCCUUGUCCAUGUUCCCCAGGAGCUUAUGGACCAUCAGGAGUUAAAGUAAUGGACUAAAACCUCACUUGGAUAAUUUCCUAGAACCGGUCACUGUUGGGUUUCUGUGGGACCUUCAGUUUGUCCCUGUGGAACUGGGCCUUGGGCUCUAAUACCAAUAUCUGAAGAACCUUACAGAGAACAUUCCUGACCCUCUCGUGGUGUCCUACUAUCAAGGUCUGGGGAUAAUACAGACUGAUAUAAAGUGUUGUUCCAAACUGAAGUCCAUUUAGAAGCCAAAUGGAAAUACCAGGAGGUGAAAGUGUCAGUUAUUUCCUGUUGCCUUUAUACUGCCCCUUUAAUGCCAUAUUGCCCUGAAAUAUUUCCUAUUUAAAUAGAGCCUAUGCCGUUCCCAGGUGUGGGGACAGGAAUAACCGGUCUGUUAUAAUCUGAGAUGUCUUCUCUAUUCUUGUGUUAAUUUAUUGUUCCAUGUCGAACCUCGACGGCGAAUAAACUGCUGGUCAAAAUGUUGUUGGGCAA